GGAAUUGUUUUGUUUGUAAUAUUAAUGUAUUUUUAAAUUCAUAUAAAGAUGUAAUGAUAUAAUCAAAUCAUAUUUAAUCAAGUUUAUCGAAUGAGUGGUCAGAAAUAUAAAAGUGUUACUCAUUUAGAAAGUUUCUUGAAUCUGCCUUUUGCAGGCUUAUCCUAGUGGCAUAACAAAUAACAGCAUUAAGAUAUUUAGAACAAGAAUUUUGAUGCGAAUAUCACACUGACUUGUGUGGAAAAGGAUGAGAAUAAGCUUGACUGUUUUAAAACCCGAGAACAUUUCCGUUGUUCUUCAGGGCUUCAAUCCGGAACGCAGAGAUCAGUCAAUCUGGGGCAGUUGCUCCCACUCGGACUAGUUUACCAUUCAUCUUUCAGCAGCAAUGGCAGCGCUCAGGACGGCACUAAAUGGACGCUUUCUUCAUCCUCUCUCCCUGUCAUGUGGAUCGUUGCGGUUCGUCAGUUCCUCCUUCAAGAGCUUGACUGGCAUGAUGAAUCCAGAUUCAUUUUUCAAAUGCAUGUGCAAUCAAUGAUAAUGAAUAAACACCUGUCCACAUGCCUGCUGUACUCCCCCGCCCCUCUCUGUCUUUUCGUUUUCUCUUCCUCUUUUUCUCUCCAUGUUUGUUUGUGUCAGGCUGCAGAUCUUACUAUAGAGAGGAACCCUGUACUGAAGCCAAAGCCGGACCCUUCAAGCCUUGUGUUUGGUAAGCAGUUUUCAGACCACAUGCUGACCAUCAAUUGGUCUGCUGCAGGAGGAUGGGAGGCACCUCAGAUCAAGCCUUUCCAGAAUCUGUCCCUUCAUCCUGCUUCCUCAGCCCUGCAUUACUCCAUAGAGCUAUUUGAGGGCAUGAAGGCCUUCCGGGGAGUAGAUAACCAUAUCCGUCUCUUCAGACCGAUGUUGAAUAUGGAGCGAAUGUACCGGAGCACUGAAAGGAGCUGCCUACCUUUGUUUGAUAAGGCCGAACUGGUGAAGUGUAUCAAUAAGCUGGUUGAGAUCGACCAAGAAUGGGUUCCUUACUCCACAGAUGCCAGUCUGUACAUCAGACCUACGUUUAUAGGAACUGAACCUUCUUUAGGUGUGUCUCGAGCUGGUCAUGCUUUGCUCUUUGUCAUUAUUGGACCCGUUGGACCUUAUUUUGCAACUGGAGCCUUUAGUCCGGUGUCUUUGCUGGCAGAUCCUCGAUACGUUCGGGCCUGGAGGGGCGGCGUUGGAGAAUACAAGAUGGGAGGUAACUACGGACCGACAAUCGCCGUUCAGAGCGAGGCGGCCAGUCAGGGUUGCCAGCAGGUCCUCUGGCUGUACGGAGACAAUGAGGAGAUCACUGAGGUCGGAACCAUGAAUCUCUUCAUCUACUGGACCACAGAGAAAGGAGAGAAAGAGCUCGUCACCCCUCCACUUGAUGGCGUCAUUCUUCCAGGAGUCACCAGGCAGUCGCUGCUGGACCUCGCAAGAGAAUGGGGGGACUUCAAAGUGACAGAGCGCCAAGUAUUAAUGCAGGAUCUGAUAAGCGCUUUAGAUGAAGGACGGGUUCUGGAGGUGUUCGGUUCUGGUACUGCGUGUGUGGUGUGUCCAGUCGGCAGUCUGCUCUACAGAGGAAAGACCUACCAAAUUCCUACAAUGAAGAACGGUCCAGACCUUGCCAAGAGAUUCCAUAAGGAGCUCACUGACAUCCAGUAUGGGCGCGCUCAGAAUGAUUGGGCACCACUGGUCGUCUAACUGAUCUCAUGCAGGUUUCGUGUCUAAAACCUCUCAUCUCACGUGUUUGUGUGGACUAGAUUGACAUGGGUGUUAUUCUACAGUAGCAACAAACUUUCUAAAUGGAAAACCACCUAUUAAAUAUUUAGUCUUUCCAAAUGACUUUACAUCCUGCUUGCACUAGAAAUCGUCCUGUAAUCUUUCAAGCACAAUCGUCAUAAGCCAUAUACAAGUAGCUAUGUACAAAGGCACAAGCAAAUAUGUUCUCCUUGAUGUAGUUGCUGGUCCUGUCUUUAAAGGUUGUCUUUUGUUUUUCCAAUCAGUAAUGCGUUCACCAUUUCCUAAAAUAAACGUAACUAUCAUCAUUUUAUAUUGAGGGGUAAGAAAUCAGACAUUUGAGAAGGAUCAGACUUCAGCACAUAUUGAUGUUAAUGUAAAUGUUAAUUCGCUGAGGCUGCUUGUUUAUUUUGUGUAAUGUAAGAGAACACACUGUCAUGCUUUUCUUACUAUCAAGGGGACAUUUGGGGGAAUUUAUUCAUAUUGCUUCCAUUUAAACCCGUUUUCUUUUAAAAUACACUAAAUUGGUCUUAUGUCCAAAAUGUAAAGAAACUGUAAAUGAUUGUAUAUGUUUAUCUAGAGGAGGAUGCUACUUUAAGGACAAUAUAUUAUCACCAGAUUUAGACGAUUUAAAACCGUGAGCUGAGCUUAUGCACGCACAAAGGGCUUCAGGACAGCCCAGACAUAGCAGCUCUAGAGACCACUAGAAAAAAAGUUGAUGUGAUAAUAAUAGGUGAUCAUCAUUAGGCUGUGUGUGUUGACUAUAUGUUAUCUGGAACAGCAGUGUGACCUUUACAUGUGUGUGAAAUAUGUAAUGUUUGCUGAACAUGUAGAAGUGAUUGGUUUUAACUUAUUUCUGGUGUCAUUUUAAUGGUUAAGGCUAGAAGACAUAGGCUGUCUUUUUUAUUCUUUGGGAACAGAACACCCUCUUAUUUCAUUUUUUGUCUUCAUUUUAAACUUGUAUUUUAAUCCGUGCACUCCACAUCUCUCUUCUAAGUGCCUGAUGGAGUUGCCUGUUACUUCAUCUGUUGAGUUAUCUUUCACAUUUAUCAUUACUGUGCUGAGGGGGUUGCUGUUGUGUUUGUUUUGGUGGUUUUCAGGGGAGAUGUCUUUACUUUUCCUGUUACUGUAUUUUUACAAAUAAACUCAAUUUGCGUCCAAAUCUA